AUGGCAGCCACAGCGAUGGCGGGCGGUGACAGCUCACUGCCAUUUGCACUGCCAUCGGGAAUGGAAAGUCAGCUCGGUGGAGACGGUCAACUCGGUGGUGGAAUACCCACCGGUGGUGAAAGUCAAAUGGGAGGCGAAGGCCAGGCCGGUGGGGAAGUUCCACUCGGUGGUGAGGGCCAACACGGCGGACAAGGUCAGACCGGCGGUAUAGGGCAGAUCGGUGGUGAGGGCCAAAUGGGUGGUGUGGGCCAGCACGGCGGAGAAGUUCAACUCGGCGGCGGGCAACAGUUGCCUGGAGGUGGACUUGGACAAGGGAAUACAGUUAUCGGAGGAGGUAAUCGUGGAAUCCAUGGAGGUGGCGGCUCCAAUGUCAUCACCGUGACAAUCAUCACGACAAAUAAUGGCGGAGGUGCAAAUACACAUGUAUGGAACCAACCUCCAAUGAAGCAAGGAGUCAUACACCAGGUUACCGUUGGAGGCGAUGCCGGCCUUGUCUUCACGCCUGAGACGCUCAACCCUGCUGUUGGUGAUAUGGUCCAUUUCACUUUUCAAUCCCAGAACCACACUGUCACUCAGUCUACAUUUGACCAGCCCUGUCUCAUGAUGGGAGGCGGCGUGGAUUCUGGUUUCAUGCCGAACCCGAACAACACAGUGAAUCCGCCUCCAACUAUGAUGUUCCAAGUUACCACCACAGAUCCAAUCUGGAUGUACUGUAAACAGGGACCUCACUGCGAGAGAGGAAUGGUAUUCAGUCUUAACCCCACAGCAGAACAAUCCCACGAAGAAUUCAAGAGAAAGGCGAUGGAAUCCGGCGGCGAGGGCGGCCAAGGCGGAACUCCUCCACCACCACCUCCUCCUCCACCGGCCGAGGGUGGAGAGCUUCCUACAUCGAUUGGUGGUGAAAUUCCCGUUGGGACCGGUAUCCCAGGAAUUGGAGACCUCCCACUUCCAGGAGAAGGCGGACUCGGUGGUGAAGGUGGCCAAGGCGGCGAGGGUGGCCAAGGCGGCGAGGGUGGCCAAGGCGGCGAAGGUGGCCAAGGCGGUGAAGGUGGUCAAGGUGGUCAAGGUGGUCAAGGUGGUCAAGGGGGCCAGGUCGUUCCAGGAACCGGAAACAUGGGAGAUGGCGCUUGCUCUUGCUCUUGCCUAUGCGGUGCCUCAGAGUUCCCUCCUGGGGCGGGCCAGGGAAGCGUAGGCGGUUUUGGAGGUAUGUUUGGACAUCCCAAGAUCAAGCUCGGGGUGAAAGCUAACAGGAGAUGA